AUGGAGUACCUCACCAAUUUGGAUCCGGAGCACCCUGAAAAGGCUACAACUCCUAUUGUUUCAGGUCUUACUUGGACCGAGCCCGUGCAAUAUUGGGAUUUCCAUGUCUACUACGAUGAUGCAACCAGAAGUGAGUCGAAUUCACUUCGCACCAAAUUAUUGGAGGAUUUCGAAGGCUACGCCAAAGAAGGGGCAAUCAUAGUUAAAAAAUUGCCCACGGAGAAGGCAAUUGGGCCCCAUUAUGAUCUUUUUUGGGAGGCUGAUAUUGCCCGGGUAGAUGUUUUCGCCAAAGUGUUAAGCUGGUUUGUUCAGCACCAUGGCAGCUUAUCAGUGUUGAUCCAUCCCCAAACGGGGAACGAUCUUUUGGAUCACACCAAGCAUGCCUUGUGGCUAGGCGAGAAAAAAAGACUCAAGACGGAAGUUUUCCCGAAAGAACCAACUCUGAUUCCCGAGUUUGGUGUGCGGCGUAUUCCAAAGCAGAAAUGA